ACUUUGUUGCCCGAACUUUUUUUUUAUUUCUUCUUUUUCUUCUUGACCACAUAUAUAUUGUAUAUUAAAGAUCAUGGACGUUACCGAGAUCUUGGACGCACACAAGGCACAAUUUAAGCCAAUCACAGUCGAAAAGCUUGUUCCUCUCGAUUACGACGUUAAUCUCUUGAGCAGCUUUGAUACCAAUGCUUUUGACGAAAAGCGGCUAGCAAACAAGAACAAACGAGAAGAGUAUUUGAAAGAAUUAACACGAGACAACACACAAUUGAUCAUCAACGAGAUCUUUAAGCUUCCAGUACAAAGCGGUGAUAAUGGAGUAUUAGCUAAACUACCAGUACGCAGCAGCACCCUGCCGCGUGAAAAGCCAUUACCCAAGGACAAGCCAUUGACCCGAUGGGAGAAGUUUGCCAAGGUCAAGGGCAUCCAGAACCGCAAGCGAGAACGUAUGGUCUACGACGAAGAGAAAGAGAAAUAUGUGCCACGUUGGGGCUAUGCUGGUGGCCAAAAGGAUAAGCUGGACGACUGGCUUAUUGAGGUGCCUCAGAACGCUGAUCCCAUGGAGGAUCAGUAUGCCAAGCGCGACGAGGAGAAGCGAGCACGCGUGGAGAAGAACAAGAAGCGUCAACAGCGAAAUUUGGAUGAAUCAUUAGCGUCGAUGGUCACUGGAAAAGGAAAGCCUGAUGCCUCGUUCGGAAAGGCAGCAGCCGGAGGAAAGGCGGCAGGAGGAAAAGCAGCAAAGAAGCAAAAGAAGAAAUAAGCAUUUUUUAAACUCAUUGUUAAAUACUAUCCAUGUUCAUUGUCUCCAUCAACACCACACCCAUCCCCAGUCUGUUUAGUUCAUUAAAAAAAAGAAAGAGAAAGCUUGUCUUUGUUAUUUUGCAUUUCCACAACAUAUAUAUAUAUAUAUACACGCAUUAUUAUUACUAUUGUUUCUAUAGCAU